UCAACUCCUCUCAAUAUCAUCCUUUACACCUUCUCUUCUCCACUCCCCAUAUCAAGAAACACCAAAAAGCAAGAUUCUUACAACAAAAAUUUAAGCUAAACAAACCUUAAAAAGUAGCCUUUUUUGUUUGUUUAAAAUUCUAUUUCUUAAACACACAAAUACAAAUUACAAUAUCUCACUCUUAAAACAGCUCAAAAACAACAAAGACAGACUCUUUAACUCAUGUUAAACUGAACAAGAUUAGAUCUGAAGCUGCCACUAAUUAUGAUGGAAGCUAAAUCAUUUCGGUUCUUGACCCACCAAUCUUUCUUCUCCUCCGUCCGAUCAGGUGAUCUUGAUUCUGUGAAAGAUAUUGUGGAGCAACUGGUACAAGAUGAACGGUCUGAUGGGGGUUCUCUUGUUUCUGAUCUAAUGGCUAUGCAAACGGAUGCAGGGGAGACUGGUUUGUAUAUGGCUGCUGAUAAUAAUUUUGAAGAGAUUUUUGGGUAUUUGGUGAAGUUUUGUGAUGUUGAAGUUGUGAAGUUGAGGUCUAAGUCUGAUAUGAAUGCUUUUCAUGUUGCUGCUAAGAAGGGUCACUUGGGUAUUGUGAAGGAACUUUUGAGCAUUUGGCCGGAGCUAUGUAAGAUAUGUGACCGCACAAAUACUAGUCCCCUUUAUUCAGCUGCUGUUCAAGAUCAUGUCGAUGUGGUUAAUGCCAUCUUGGAUGCUGAUGUCAGCUCGUUGAGGAUCGUGAGGAAAAAUGGGAAAACUGCAUUGCAUAAUACCGCUAGAUAUGGUCUUGUUGAAAUGGUUAAGACGCUUAUAGAACGUGAUCCGGAAAUUAUCCGCAUCAAAGAUAGGAAAGGCCAAACUGCUUUGCAUAUGGCUGUAAAGGGUCAGAAUACUCCAGUCGUAGAGGAAAUAUUAUCUGCUGAUUGCUCAAUACUAAAUGAGCGUGACAAAAAGGGUAAUACUGCGGUGCAUAUAGCAACGAGGAAAUGUCGUCCUCUGAUUGUGAGCUUUUUGCUAUGCUAUACAGCUAUAGAUGUUAAUGUGGUUAAUAAUCAACGCGAAACUGCAAUGGAUUUGGCUGAUAAACUCCAAUACGGUGAAUCUUCGAUAGAAAUCCAGGAAGCUCUCACAGAAGCCGGGGCCAAGCACGCCAGAUAUGUUGGUCAAUUGGAUGAAGCCAUGGAACUUAAGAGAACUGUAAGCGAUAUUAAACACGAGGUUCACUCACAACUUAUACAGAACGAAAGAACUAACAGAAGAGUAUCGGGCAUUGCAAAAGAGUUACGGAAACUGCACAGAGAGGCUGUCCAAAAUACCACCAACUCAAUUACAGUCGUUGCUGUUCUUUUUGCCUCAAUAGCUUUCUUAGCUAUUUUCAACUUGCCCGGGCAAUAUUUGACAGAUGGAGAUGAAGCAGGGAAGGCUAACAUGGCUGAUAAUGUCGGUUUUCGAGUUUUCUGCCUUCUAAACGCAACGUCUCUCUUCAUUUCUCUAGCUGUUGUCGUGGUUCAGAUCACUUUGGUGGCUUGGGAUACAGGGGCUCAGAAACAAGUUGUGUCCGUCGUUAACAAGCUGAUGUGGGCAGCGUGUGCCUGCACUUGCGGGUCUUUCCUGUCCAUAGCUUUUGUGGUUGUGGGUAAACGGAGUUCGUGGAUGGCCAUAACGAUAACCUUAAUGGGGGCACCUAUUCUUGUCGGAACACUAGCAAGCAUGUGCUACUUCGUUUUCCGACAACAUUUUGGAGGUUUCGGGGACUCUCAGAGGCGCAUUAAAAGAGCUAGCGGUAGUAAGUCUUUCUCGUGGUCGUACUCAGCAAACAUAUCAGAUAUCGACGAGUAUGACUCUGAUAUGGAGAAGAUCUAUGCUUUGUAAUUACUAUAUAUGUAGCAAUAAUGAAAAUAUAUAGAAAAAUGCUUCAGCUUUCCACAUGGGUAGUUUCCAGUUUUGGAUUGAGGCGUGAGAUAUCGUAACAGAAGACCAACGAAUGUAUAAUUUUGUAUAUUAAUUUAUGGUCGCUCUUGUAAUUCCGUUACUUGUCAUCUAUGUUGCAUAUAAACUUCUCGACUU